AUGUCCUCUCCUCUUGGUCUCGCCGUCGUCGGAACAAACUGGAUCACAAAUUCUUUUGUGCAAUCCUGCCAUGAGAGCAAGUUGUACCAGCUCAGUGCAGUCUACUCCAGAAAGCUCGAGACAGCACAAAAGUUUAUUUCUGAGACACCGUCCGUCAAAGAUGCCUCGUCCGUCACAGUAUACGACAGCUUGGAUACCAUGUUCUCCCAGGAUCCAAAGAUCGAUGUAGUAUACAUUGCAUCGCCAAACUCGCUGCACUAUGAGCACGGUUUGAAGGCGCUGGGUGCUGGCAAGCAUGUCAUCAUGGAAAAGCCUUUCGCUUCCAACAUGAAGGAACUCGAUGCUCUUUACGAACUGGCUGAUUCGAAAAAUCUCUUUAUCCUGGAGGCCUACCGACACAUCCAGGAGCCCAACUUCAAGACGCUGCAGAAGCUACUUGAUGAUGAAAAGACCAGGACAGAAAAGUUCGGCAAGAUCUACGGCGCCAGUCUGUCCAUGGCGGUGUACUCCUCGCGUGUUGGUCAGAUCACCGAGGACAAUAUUCCGAACGUUGUCUCGCCAAAGUUCAGCGGAGGAAGCCUUUGGGAUAUGGGAUGCUAUGUCGUGACAUUCGCUCUCCGUCUAUUCGGAACACCUGCGAACCAGUCAUACUUCCCUGUGAUUCUUCAAACCGGUGUCGACGGCGGUGGUCCGAUCAUUCUCCAAUACACCCCAGAGACUUCAAAGCACAGUCAAAAGUUCACAGUGCACGCCCAUACAAGCAAGAUCUAUACCUCUUCUGCGCCGACUGAGAUCUACUGCGAGAAAGGGACCAUCAAGAUCGAAGGCAGCCAAGCUUCCAACGCCACGGAUAUUAGUACCAUGGAGUUUACUCCUCGAGGAUCCAAAGAGUCGGAGGAGUUGGGUAAUACCAAGCCGGAGUACACUGACAUGCUGAACUUAACUUGGGAGGCAAAUGAAUUGGGCCGUAUCAUUCAGGAGGGGGAUAAAAAGGCGGAGGCAGAUUUGAGGGCGCUCAGUCGCAGUGUGCUGACUGUGAUGGAGGAUAUGCGAAAGCAAAAUGGGAUCGUGUUCGAUUGCGAGCGAUAA